AUGAGUAAUAUGCCAAAUAUAGAACAAGGAAGCAAAGAAAGUGAUAUUGUGGAGUCUUUGACUGUUCUCAAGGCCCGCAAUGGUCCUAUUACUGAUCUCGAUGAAAUAAUGAAUGUCAUACAAAAUAUUAUUCCUCUCUAUUUAUCUUUGAAGUUAGACACAUUAAGACUUUUGUUCUGUAUUAUAUCUAAAUCACCUCUUAUACUCGCGCAGCUAGUUACAUAUACGAAUAGCAUCGAUCAGGGGCAACAAACUAGCCAUGACAAGAAAUCGUCUAAGUUGUACAAGGAUUUUACCUUCCGAAUGUUGUUUAGUCAAUCAGACUGUCUGUAUAAUAAUCUUAUGGUGGCUAAGAAGAAUCGAGUGGAGGGUCAAUUUAUUAAGUCAUUGUUUUUCGGAAGUAGAUUGUUUAAUAUGUUAUCCACUCAUUAUAAUAUAUUGCAAUAUUUAGAGGUUAUGAAUAUUCAGUGGAAGUAUUUAUGUGGAAAUAAUAUUAAUGAAACGAUAAACGAAUCUUUAUUCCCUUAUAUUUCGGACCUAAUGUUGGCAGAGUUAUCGUUACAUCCGGUAUUUGCAACAGAUUCAUUAUUUGAUAAACUAUUUCUAGCUUAUGAUGAGUGUUAUAAAUAUUUUCUAAAAAUCUUUUUGGUUAGGUCAAAUCGAUUUAACAGUAAACGGAUGAUUAUAAAAUAUUUAAUCCCAUAUUUGGAAUCCUUAUCAAAUAAACAAAACUAUCAAACGAUAUAUCUUAUAUUAUCUAAUUUAUCAGCAUUCAAAUAUUUUGAUACAAUAUCUUUGAUUAACAUAAAAUCUGCCAGUUUACAAGAAAUAAUUGUUAGGAAUUUGCCAUCGGUGACGGGAUAUAGCAUAUUUAUGAACUUGGCGUCUAAAUUUGGUAAAAUAGACGAGCAAAUAGACAACCAAAUAGCUGUAUUGUUGGUUAUGUUAUUAACAUUUUCCAUAAAUAAUGACCAAAAAGCUACCAUAUCUCACAAUUCUGAAUUUCUAAGUAUUGUUACCACACGAUUAGGUCAUAUGAAUUAUGAAGUCAGAGAAAGAACAAUGUAUAUUGCCAAAUUAGUCUCUAAUAAUGAAUUGAAAUAUGACAGUAAUUAUCAGAUCACCAUUCCGAAUCUCCAAUUUAACAUGGAUCCAUCUCUUCCUGUAAAUCUAAAACUAUUGCGCUCUGAAGCGAAGCCAACUGAAUUAAUAACCAGAGACCUUAUUUUAGGGAUGGAUAAACUUACAGUAAAUUAUGAUUCUCUGAUUGAAAAUAGUACAGAUAGUGACGAUGAUGACGAAUUGGAAACAGAGAUUAAAGAUAUCGUAUUUUUGAAAGAUUUGAUGGAAGCAUAUAUUAAUAUUGGGAGAGGUCAAUCAGCUAACCAGAUCCCUCUUUUAAAAAGAACCACCCAAUUAGUACGUCAAAAAAGAUUUUUACCAUUAGAAGUAAAUUAUUACUCCACUCAAUUACUGUCGAGCAUUACUUCGAUUAACAAUACCCGUGAAGAAGAUAAUUUUGAACCGUGGAGGAUCAAUGCAUUAGUCUCAAUACUGGUAGUGGUUCCAGAACAAAUACAAAACUUAUUUAAGAUUUUGUUUAAUAGCGAAUUGUCUAUUCAGCAACGUAUUUCAUUACUCACUAGUAUAGCUCUGAGUGCAAGAGAAUUAAGAGGCAUAGAUGAUGACCAAGUGCAUAAACCUGAAUAUGAUUUUCCAACUGCAAGAUUACCAUGGGAUGAACUACAAACAAAAGAAAAUUUAAUCGAAGAUAUACCAAGACCGGGAAUUAUUAACCCAUCUGGACUUUCAGAAGGUGCAACAGUUUGGAAAUCUCAAAAAUUGAACCUUAAGAGUAAUAAAAAUUCAGAAACUGAGAACAGAUUCAGAAAAAUGGCUCCUCUAUUCUUCUAUCCAUUAGUUCAUGGAUGGAAAAAUGGGAUUGAUCUAGGUUCAUUCGACCAAUUAUUUAAAUCACACUACAUAUCAACAAUGAGAAUAGUUCACAAUUGUGCCUACCCAGUACACGAUUAUGAGAUGAUGACCGAAGAACUGGAGCAAAUUCUCACAGAGGCCCAAAGUCAAGGAAUUCCUAUACUUGAGGAAUGA